UAGGAGGGCGCAGGAGCUAGCACCAUCGGCACCGGGGGGAGGAAUGUGGAAGGGAUAGAAUUGCGAUCUCAUCAAUGAACCAUCCACCGGGAAGCUUUGGGAAAGCAAAUGCCGUUGAGGCUCCCUCAGGCCUCAGGUGAUCUCCCAAUCUGGCAAGUCCUCAACUUCGCCCGCGCCUCUUCGACUUCAUCUCUCGACUGGCGGGUCACCGCACUCAUUGGCAUUCGCCGUACCACAGAUGUGGUCUAUAUGCAUCCCAGAAGCACAACCCCUGUCUUCCCGUACAGGCAGGAAUCCAAAUCUUGCCCGUGGAAUUGGUCCCAGCUCGCUGGAUCUCGGUAACUUUCUUUCGACGCGCCGUCGCGCUAGGUCUGCUAAAGUCCAAUCAGAAGCCAAGGAUGCCCUAGGUAGUAUAAGCUACGGUCCGGCGGCUUAUUUCCGCCUAAUCAAAGAUCAUGCUCCGGAGGAGAUCACCUCCAUCACCUCCCGUUUGCUCCAGCGAUUCUGCAAGAAGAUAUUUCCGCCCCUUAGCUUGAUUGCAGCCAAACGUCCAGACUUUCGUCAUUCCGAGGUGGCGAGUGCACUAUACCGGGCCGAAGGAGACGCCUCUCAGUGUUCGGCUAGCACUACGCUUGCCUCAUCCAUUGGGCUGUCGUAGGCAAGUUUCGAUUGCGUGUCGCCACAUAGCAUCUCCAACUCCAUAACCAUCAAGGAACUUGAGUGUAACGAUCGAUCCACAGAGCAGGAGGCUCUCAGUAACGAUCUAAGUCCG